GAGAGAAGGAGAGGGAGAGGGAGAGAUCAGGAAAGGCUUCAAGUCAAAGAUAAUGCUUAAAAUGUAUCUGAAGGAUGUGAGGAAGGUGCAUUCUUUGAAGGGGGAAGACCUGGUAAAGAAGCCACAUGGAGUGCUUAGAGCGGGGCACUUAGAGGACAGUUUUUACUUAUUCAUACUGUGAAAUUCACACCACAUAAUGAGUCUGGGAAGAUAGAUAAGAGCCAGGCUGUGAAGGGCCUUUAUUAGAUUAGCAAAGUAAUGGGUGCAAGUGGCUAGAGUUCUGGACUCGGACUGAAGGAGACGGAUGCAGCAUUCUCUCUAAAAUGUAACGUUCUCCGUUGCGGUUUCCUUGGGGUCUCUGGAGGCAGCCUUCGUUUCUGUUGAGUCAUCCCACAAGGGCAGCCAGGGGUUAAAGUCCAAAUCCUUUAUUGUCUCCUUCACUUGAGGCUCAGCUAGUUUUACGGAGGCCUGUGUCUCUCCUUGGUUCCGAGCUCCCGCCGGCCUUCUCUGCCUUCUGACUCUCCCUGACUUCUAAGCCACAACAAGGGAGGACGAUGGGAUGAAUGUCUCAGCCUCCGAGAGCUCCUCGCGCGCUUGUCCCUCUGGCCCUGAGAGCUCCUCCUUAUAUCUCCCACACUGAGUCCGCACCAAUCUGGAUAUCCCCGGGAAACCAUUAUUUGUUGUAGGAUUAAACCGGUGCUGACCUAGAUCUAACCCUUGUCUCCUCAGUUCCACUUAGAACCGGUUUCAAGUUCUGGCCCGUGACCCCUCCUUGUAGCAUCAGAUCAGUCAUCCCGAACCAGGCUAAAUGAGAGAACUACCGUCUCUAUCAGUUCCACGGACUUAGGACCUUGUAAGGAUCCUUCGUUUCAAGGUCAGAGUUCCGGCCCAUAACAGACGGGAAUUGAAGUCGGCCUCACACACAGUGUGUUUCUGGGCAAAUCAUUGUGGGGAUAAAAUGAAAUAAGAAUUGUAAAGAGCCUUGCAUGCUUUAAGUGAGGAGAUGUCCAGUGCACCUGCCCCUCACUCUAAAGUUCAUCUACUUAUCCUUUUCUUUAGGAAGUCCCUGACUCUGAUUAGAGAAUUGGCCGGGAUUUAAGCUACACGGCACAGGACUACACUUCCCGGCAACCCUUGCGCUCCGGAUGAAUGCAGGGACCGCGGCGGUAGUGACGUGACGCGAGGGCGGGUAAUUUCGAGUAGCGGGAGAAGAGCGGUUACCGUUGGUAGUGGCCAUCCUCGGGUCUGGGGUCCCCGGAGCCGCGAUGGCUCAGCCAGACGAGGAUCGAUGGCCUUCGCGCUUGGUGGAGAUGAAAGCAAUAGAUGAUUUGCUGAGAUGUGGAAUUUGCUUUGAUUAUUUCAACAUUGCAAUGAUCAUUCCUCAGUGUUCACAUAACUACUGUUCUCUUUGCAUAAGAAAGUUUUUAUCCUAUAAAACACAAUGUCCAACCUGUUGUGUGACAGUCACAGAACCUGACCUGAAAAAUAACCGGGUAUUAGAUGAACUGGUAAAAAGUUUUAGUUCAGCACGGAAUCAUAUGUUGCGGCUCACUCUAGAUUCACCACCAAUGUCUCCUCUGCCCUCUUGCAAAAAGAAUAUUCCUGGUAAAAUCCAAGUUCCUAAAGUGUCCAUGGGUUCUUCCUUAAGACAAGAAAACAGAAUGAUGGAUUCUUUCUUGAUAAAAGAAAUUAAUUCUUCUCUAAAAACACCAGAGAAGCCAAAGAGAGUAAAAGAAAGCAAAAUCAAUCCUAUAGGAAAAAAGCCCUGCACUGUUACAGUGAUAAAAGAGAUACCAAGUGAAGCCACAGAGGCUCAAAGGCUCACUUCAGUUAAUGGCCCUGAGAAACCCUCCACGUCUGGUUUUAAGGAAGUUAUUAAAGUGGAAUGUCCUGUUUGCAGCGUGAGCAUCCCUGAGGCCUUCAUAAAUAAGCACUUAGAUAGCUGCUUGUCACGAGAAGACAAGAAGGAUAGCCUUAGAAGCUCUGUUAAUAAAAGGAAGACAAUGCCCAAAGUUGUUUACAAUUUACUUUCUGACCGUGACUUAAGGAAAAAGCUCAAGGAACAUGGACUUUCUAGUCAAGGGAACAAGCAGCAGCUUAUUAGACGGCAUCAAGAAUUUGUGCACAUGUACAAUGCCCAAUGUGAUUCUUUACAUCCCAAGUCAGUUGCUGAAAUAGUUAAAGAAAUUGAAAAUAUGGAGAAGACUCGAGUACAACUGGAAUCAAAUAAACUGAAUGAAAAUGUCAUGGUAUUUACAAAGAACCAGACAGAGAAAGAAAUUGAUGAUAUUCACAGUAAAUAUCGCAAAGAGCAUCAGAAUGAAUUUAAACUUCUAGUAGAUGAAGUAAAAAGCCGGUGCAAGAAAAGUGGCAUACUAAUGACCAAAGAAAUAAAGCAGGAGGUAGAGGAAUCCAUGGAAGAAGUAUUGCCUGUAACCACAGGAGGAGAGGACAGUAAACCAAUGCUCACUGAUCUAAACUCAGCCACAGUCCAGUUAUCACAAUCAAAUGUGGAAUCUCAGAUGGAGAUGGAGAUGGAGCAAGAUAAGAUAGAUUGCUCUUCUAAUUUACCUGAUGUUCAGGAAAUUCCUCUGUCUACCACAUCGGAUUCAGGAAGCAGGAUUCCUGUCUGAGGAGAACCUUCAAGGACACAUUUCAUUUUGCCAAAUAAUUUUAAAAAUUCAAUAAAUGGCGUAAGGUCUUAUAUUCUACAUGUUUCUUAGUUGUAUGAUCAGAAUUGUCUGCUAUAGAAAACUUAUCUGCAAAAAUUUUGCUUGUUCCCUUUUCAUAUUUUUAUUGGAGAUAUUAUCAAUACAUAUUAUUCUCUUAGAGGUUUUUUUGAAAAUAAAGAUAAAAAAGUUUUUUUUUUUUGUUUUUUUUUUUUUUUGGUAAGAGGCAUUCUUCAUGAUCUUUACAUUUUUUGGGAAUAUUCUCUUAUAUAACAUGCCUUGAUAGUCUUUUGUGUUUUGCCUUUAAAAUUACCUUUUGGCCAUAUUUCAUUUAUGCAGAUAAUAGAUACUGUGAAGCAGAAGACAUUAAAAAGAUAACCAAAUAUAUAAAAGCCUGAAGGAAGAAUUUUAAGGAAAAUGAGGAAAAUUGAAGUUGAGGUAGAAACUGGAAUUUUCUUGAACCACAAAAUAUUUAAAAUAGAUAAAAUUGAUUGUAACACAUGCCUUAAAGUCAUUAACCACGCAUCAAAUUGAGAAAAAAAAAUUAGUUCAGGGGUAUGCUCAGUAGCUUGCUAUGUACUCAGCAUGAACAACUUAUAAGAAGUCAAAUUUUAGGGAAAAAAAUCAUGGGGAGCAAUACUUAAUUUCUGUAAAGUUCAGUAAACAAUAUAUUAUGUUUUCUGAAUGAAUGUCAAUUUGGAACAUGAUUUCUUGAAGAAUUUUUUGGCCAUUGUAUAGUUAGGUUUCAAUCUAUUCCUGUUAGCCCCUUCUUUUUUAAAAAUUACAUUUUUUUUAAUCAUUUAUUUUUCCCCUCUCCCUCCCAAAACCAAAGAAAAAUAAAAUGUUUAUAAAAAUAUACAUAGUCAAGCAAAAGAAAUUCCUGUUUUCUGUGUCCAAAAAUGUUUUACAUCCUACACAUUAAUUAGAUUUUUGUAGUUAUUCAAUAUUAGUGAUUUUUAUAAUAUUGUUUUUAUAGUUUAAAGUGUUUUAGUGGUUCUCACUUGAGCAGCAACUUGAUACACACUUGAGGUUUCUUUGAAACUGUCCCUUUUGUCACUUUUAUGGCAUAAAAAUUUCCUUAUGUAACUUGGAGAUGAGAUCUUUAUCAGAGAAAUUUGUUGCAAAGAUCCACUCCUAUCUGCCAAUUAACUUUUACCCUUCUAAUCUGGCUCCAUUGAACUUAUUUGUGCAAAACAUUUUAAUUGUAUAGAAUUGGUUGUGAUUGUGAUUGAUCAUUGAUCAAACUCUUUGUCCUCUGUUUGAUCAUGAACUUGUUCCCAAGUUGAAAAGAUUUGAAAGGUAAUUUCUUUUUUGCUUGUGAUAUAUAUCACCUUCUAUGUCUAAGUCAUAUACCCAUUUGGAGCUUUAUCUUAGCAAACAGUCUUGAUCUGGACUUAAUUUCUGUAAGACCACUUUUCAGUUUUGCCAUCAAGUUUUGUUUAAUGAUGAAUCCUUACUCAGUAGGGUUUUUAGGUCUUUGGUUUAUUUAGGCAAUUCAUUUCAUUUGCUUCUGCAUUUUGAGUACUUAAAUGUUCCACUGAUUGAUCUUUAUUUGCUGUUGUUGAGUUAUUUCAGUGUGUCCAAGUCUUUGUGAUCCCAUUUGGGAUUUUCUUGGCAAAGAGCCUGCAAGAUAAGGAAUCCAAGGCAAACAAGGUUAAAUGGUUUGCUCAUAGUCAAUCAACUAGUUAAAUGUCUGAGACUGGAUUUGAACUUAGGAAGAUGAGACUUCCUGAUUCUUAAGUCCAGCACUCUACUGUGACACACUGUUCUAUUUCUUAACUAGUACUAAAUCAUUUUGUUGAUUACUGCUUGAGUUCUGCUACUGGUAGGGCUCUUUUCACUUUUUUUUUUUUUAAUUUCCUUUGAGAUUCUUGAUCUUUUUUUCUUCUCAAAAUAUUUCAUUAUUUUUUUUUUUCUAGUUCUUUAAACUAAUCCUUUGGUAGUUUGAUUGUUAUGGCACCAAAUAUGUAAGUUAGUAUUGUCAUUUUUUAUUAUAUUGCUUCAGCCAGACCCAGAGCAAUUAAUAUUUCUCCAAAUAAGUCUAUAUUUAUUUCUGUAAACAUUAUUUUGCAGUUAUAUUCAUAUAAUUAUUGUUUAUGUGUCUUGUUAGACACAUGAGUAUUCUAUUUAUUUAAUAAUUAUUUUAAAUGGAAUUUCUUUUUCUGUUUUUUUCUUGGUAAAUUUUGUUGGCAAUAUACAGAAAAUCUGAUGAUUUCCAUGGAUUUAGUUUAUAUACUGCUAGUCACUUGAUUCUUCGGGUUUCUCUUGAGUACAUAAUUAUACUAUUGCAUAUAUCACUGCAAAAAGUGAUAAUUGUGUUUCUUUUUUGCUUAUGCUUCAAUUUCUUUUUCUUGUCAUAUUGUUAUAGUUAACAUUUCUUGAACUGUAUCAAGUAGAAGUAGUGAUAAUUAAAAUCCUUGCUUUACUUCUGGUCUUACUGAAAAUCAGUUUAUUCCCAUUAUGUAUAAUAAUGGUUCUUAGUUUUAGUUAAGUAUUAUGUAUCAUGCUUAGAAAAAAAUCCACUUAUCCCUAUAUUUUCUUGUGUUUUUUUAAAAUGGAAAUAAUGUUUUCUUAAAAUCUUUUUCUGUCCUAUUUCUAUUGUUUUUAAAUUGAGAUAAUCAUAGGUUUUUUGUUAUUAAUAUAGUUAAUUAUAUAGAUUUGCUAUUUUUAAAAAACUUUUUAUUUUUGAAAUAUGUGCAUAGUUUUCCACAUUCACCCAUGCAAAACUUUGUGUUCCAAAUGUUUUUCUCCUUCCCUCCCUGUCUCCCCCCUUUCUUAGGCAGCUAAUAAUCCAAUAUGUAUUCUUCGUCUUGUAUAUUUCUUCUGUACAUAUUUCCACAAUUACCAUGCUGCACAAGAAAAAUGAGAUCAUAGAGGAAAAACAUGAGAAAGAAUACAAAAUACAAGCAAACCGCAACAAUAACAACAAAAAUGAGAAUAUUAUGUUGUGAUCCAUACUUAGUCCCCACAACCCUCUCUCUGACUCUCUUCAUCACAAGAUCAUUGGAACUGGCCGGAAUCACCUUGCUGUUGAAAAGAGCCACGCCCAUCAGAUUUGAUCUUUGUAUUAGAUUUGCUCAUUUUAAACAAACACUAGUUUAGGCCAUCCACUUGAUACUUUAGAUUAGAUAUUGGGACAAUAUAAAACAUGCAUUGAUCAUUGAUUGGUUAACAAAAUGACUUAGUCUUAGCAGUAGAAAGUACCUACUAAAGAUUAACAUUGUGAGAGACAAACUAGGUUUAAGUUUCCACAGAACAGUUUAAAUUCACUUCCUUAAGAAUCUUGAGCAGACAAUGAGAAAUAUUGAAAAGCUAAGUUUCUGCAGAGUAUUAAAAGUUUCAGAGUAAGAUAAUAAUUAUCUCUGACCAAUGAGUUUUCAGAAGAAGAGAUUCACAUGGCUCCAAACUUUGUAUAAAAAUGUCUACACUGACCAGGUUCAAGGACCUGGAAAAAGCUUUUCUUUAUUGCACUUGCUUAAAAAGCCUCAUAUAUGUAAUUUGAUACAUUUCCUGCAUAAAAUUAGAACCUCAUUAACAGAACUUGAGAUGUAUGAUGAUGGAGGGGGAACGUGUUUGAGACUAGCAUGUUAGAAAUGAUGUAAUUCUAAGGGGUACUAAUCAAUUCAUUCUUUGGAGGUAGGAAACUGUGAUGAAUUAACAACCUAAAGCUUAUCUGCUUCUGUAUCUAGGGCUCCCUCUUCCCAUAAGAGGAGCCGAGCCUGCUUCUAGCCAGUAAUAUCCAAUUCCUCUGGACUUUCUCAAUAAAAUUUCUUUGUUAUCUGA